AUGAUCUAUCAGUCUUACUCACAGUGAAAGGAAAUGAAAAGAAGAACUUCGCGUCAUAACAUUUCACUCCUAAUAUUUUCGGUUUUAAAAUUUUUUAAAUAUUACUAGGAUUUCUGACAGUAUGGUUUUGAAAAAAGCUGAUAUAGAUAAUGACUCUUCUAAUGCUGCAGAUGAGAAGCCUAUCAAAGUUGAUAAAUGGGAUGGCUCAGCUGUCAAAAACGCUCUUGAUGAUGCUGUUAAAAAGGUCUUCACUGAAAAAUUAAAAUAUGUAGAAUGUCAUAAAUUAAUGGAUGGUCGCUUAGCUAUAUCUGGAAUUGCUGUUGGUGCUGCCAUGUUUGCUCUACUCUGGGAUUAUCUUCAUCCAUUCCCUGAAUCAAAACCAGUAUUAAUCACUUGUGUGGUUUCAUAUUUCAUCUUGAUGGGCUUACUAACAUUGUACACCACGUUUUUGGAAAAAGGAAUAUUUCUAGUUGCUGUGGAUAAGGACCCAACUGGAAUAGACCCUGACAGCACUUGGACGGCAAGCUCUUCAUUGAAAAGAUUUGAUGAUAUGUACCACCUAUAUAUUACAUACAAGGAUGGUGUCACAAAAAAGACUAGAGAAGCGGAAUUGGAAAAAUCUAUUAGUUCUUGGUUUGAUGUCAAUGGAACUCUUUUACCAGAUCUAUUUGAGCCUGAAGUAUCAAAGUUGCAUUCCUCUUUAUUAAAUGAAAAGAAGAAGAAAUGAUUUUAAAUUUGCUUUUGUAAUAUUUUAUUUACUUAAUUUGUUAUUAAAAUUAUUUCCAAAAACAA